AUGCCCACCUUCCACUUCUCGGAUAACUUUAUAUCCCCUACUACAGCACGAAGGCCGCAAUGGGGUCACGGACAUCUGAGGAUUAGGAUGCAUCAUUCCAUCUGGAAAAAGACCGGUAAUGGGCAUCCCAGUUUCUCCCUCAACGAGGACGCCCAAGAGCCAGUUGCAUCAGAAACUUUGGGAAGCUGCGGUUGGCAGUUGAAAAGAAUUGGUGCUUCUGUACUUCAUUGGUGUCAUAUUGAGCCGGGAUCGCCAUCUUCGUCCAACAGACAAGCAGGUAGUGGGAAAGUUGUUAGAGCUAGAUGUGCUCUUCUCGUAUCAAUAAAAGCUCCCUACGAUGCGUCAUCUGCUGCAAUGCUUUCUUCCGGUCUGAAAGUCAAGAAAAGGAACAAAACAACACCAAAGACAAUACCCAAGACGAUACCCCAGAUGACAAUUCAUGAAUUCCCGGGGAGCCGUGCUAGAGGCAGCGCCUUCAGUUUGACGCUCUGUCUUAUUCAGUAUAGGAUCGUCAACAGCAUCUCUCACACACACUCUCUCAUACUGUACGGUAUCGGCCGUAGCCUAUCAUUCUAUCCCAUGCUGUACGCUUCAUCUUCGAACUCUCCAGGCCAGGCCACCCACUCUUCCGCUGCACCACCACCCAGGCUUACACAUCUUAUUCACCGACCCAAACUUCGAGAUUCUAAAUCCCCAAUAGAUCCACAACUCACCCGGAAACCUCAAAUUCCUGCCCGAGUUGUUCGAAGGCACCGCCCAACUAUUGAAUCGUUACUUCGCUCCAACACAUUGAAUUCACCUGUCUACAACGCAAUUCUUGCUACCUCACUAUCUAAACUACUGAAGACACAUGCUCGCACUGUACAGAUCUCGCUCAUUCCGAUAUGUUUCCCGCGCUCAGAACGGUCACCCAUCGGCGACUUGAGUCCGCCUAGAACCUACACGCCUCUUUUUGGUCUAAUGGAUCUCAUAUUCGAAAUCCUAUACUUUCAUUUUCGCGGGGAACAAGCAUCACACGCUUCUGGAUCCCUUGACACGAUCCUUUUAAAGCCUAUAAGAACUUGCAUCUACUCUCAUAUAUUUCUGAGAUUUCGAAUUUUCUCCCGGCGCCGAUCAGCACACAAUCAGGUCGCGCUAGUGGAUUUGAGCAAAACGGCUAUGAAGGUUGUUCACAUGGAAUCGAUAAAAGAAAAACUCGGGAGGCAGGCAUAUGGUAAUGAUACAAUUCCGGCUCUGACCUCUUUCAUAUCCGCGCGGAAACAUCAUGAUUUGAUUCAGCAGAAAGAAUGCUUGACAUCGAUAGCAGUAGCGCAGUUGGUUUUCAAACAUUGCACACGCCAAAAAUUAUCUGCGACUGGAGUGAUAACUCCACAUCCGUCAUCACAACCGAUAUUAACACACAAAUCCUUCCGCGCCCUUCACCACUCCCAAACCCCAACGAAGACGUAUAAGCCCUUCCAAUUACAUGGGAGUUUCUCCCACAAUAAGACUGGAGCACACCGAACAAUAACAAAUUGGUUUAGUGGGAGAACUCUACCCUCACUGGGCUGCAAAGGGGACUGCCUCGGGUUUGAUUCUAGCCGAGUGGUCGUCUUACAACCCCGAGAGUUUUCUGUACUUCCAGGAAUUUCCUUGGCCCUUUUUGGCUCCAUGUCCAGGGUACAAGAUCUAGAGCGUGUCUUAAAUGGAGUAGUACAGCUGACUGGGGCAGUGAGCAACAGGCAUUCAGGUAUUGAGUUCCAAACAGAUGCAUCUCCUGUGAUGGCGGUCGUGUUGGCUCUGAUGCACGUUGGAUCCGGAGAAGCCUCCAUGCUCUGCCUCUGCUUACGGACCCCGAAGGAUGGCAGCGCGCUUGCUGUCUGGUACCUGACCAUGAUGUUGACUGUGAAGGGAUCUCGACGUGAGACCUGGCUAAACUGUGAUGUGCGUAUCGAGGUCAUCCAAUACAAGUCUGAUGACAAUAGAAAGCUUGAUGACAGUGCGGCAACGUGUAUCUGGCUAGCGUUUGUGAUGUGGCGCGAGGAUUCGAUCCGGACUCCGCAGUCUGUGUUCCCUGCGAUAAUACGAUCUAAAGAAUACCCAGGCAACGAGAUGAAAGAGUAUUUCCAGUGCCAUAGUCUAAUGAUUGUCCAAGAUAAGCAAUCAACUGAUAAGAAAAUCACAAUAACAGAAGGCAAUAUAUUGAAAUUCGGCGGAUAUCGUUCCCUUGGUUACCCCAAUGUGGCAAACGACGAUGAUCGUGGAGAGCGGGUGGCUAACUCAGGCAAUGAUAAGGCUGGCGAAACUAUAUCGGUUCUCCCAAUCGCGGAUGCAGUUGUGGCGAGAGACCUUCGAGAAUACCGACAAAGUCGUACGCCUGAAAAACGCAUGGCCUCAGUCAGAUCAGAAGAGAUGCCAAGAUAUAUCAAUGUAUCCAAAAUGAAACGGCUGAAAGAGCGGUGUUGGAUCUCAUGCCACUCCAUGAAGCCAUGUAAUGACUCUAUGUUUGAAACAGGCGUUACCUCUCUGAGCUGCCAUUUCAUGCACUGCACAAGUGGAAGCAACAGCGCGAUUGUCGCCGAGGCCAUUUUGCCUCAAAGACAAGCCCAUGUCGAACGCGAAGGCGAGGUGAACGGAUCAGUCUGCUAUCGUAACAGAAAACGGGGUUUGCCGGUCUGUCUGACGUUUAAAGGAUGCAGGAUAAUUCUCGGGGGUCGGGGCGGAUGUCGUGUUACACAUUCGAAGUGCCCCGCCAAAAAUAGGCCUCGGGUUAGAGCGCUCGUCCACCCACGAUACAAAUACAGCAGAUGGAUUACGGGUGAGAGCGGCGAAAGGGUUUUUGGGGUACUUCGUGGAAAGAGCAAUCUUUGUGUCAGCCAGCCAGGCGUGCAGGUUUAA